CUUGCAAAGCAAGGUGAUACUUGAAUUCCCGUUUUGGCCGGGUAUACCGUGUUGUUCGUACUUUCCUCAGCCCGACAAGCUCUUUCCAACGCACAGACCACUACCGUCAAUGUCACACAGUAUCAACGACGACGUCGUCACCACUAACGAUGAUCCCCCGUCGUUCAGUGGUCAAGAAAGCGAUUCCGAGGGAGGUGCCGAUGACUUCGAGGUAUUUCCUGAAGAUAAGGAGAACGCGGUGGAGUCGAUCCAACAAGGGGAUGCUGCAGGCGAGAUUGAAAUAACGCGGUCUUCUGUUUCUUCUAGUGUCUCUUCUUCUCAAGACGCUGAGCCUGACGCUAGCGAGACGCAUGAUGCAGCUCUUGGUCUUCCACCAGCCCGUCGCCCUUCAGAUUCUGAUAGUGGCGAUUCGGAAAAGGGUUUGAAGCGAAAGCUUGCUGACCGUGGCACGAGUCAGGGGCCGGAGAACCUGGUGCCUUUACCCUCUGCUGAACCUGCCAAGCGUCCUAGAGAUGACACCGACAAAGAUGAAAAUCCUCGCGAAUCAAAGAGACCGUCACCUCCUCCCGAACAAAAACCUGCAGCGGCAGAGACAUCCGCACCCAAAUUCGGAGGGUUUAUGGCCUAUGCUGCCGCAGCAUCUCCGUUUGCUGCUGUCAAAGGCCAGAAUAUAUUUUCGGGAGCUAGUUCCAGCACGCCCAAAAAGCUGUCUGUUUCACCAUCGCCGUCACCAUCACCUUCCCCUCUACAGACGAACAAUGACCCUACACCCUCCCCGUUUGCAGGCUUUGCCUCCUCACAGUGGUCGGUACAGCAGACGCCGGCGAGCACAGCGACGAAGCGUACGGGCUUCGAAGCUUUCAUAAGCUCUGCUUCUCCCUUCGCAACAGCAGGUGUUUCUCCUUUCCCUUCGCGAUCCAAGUCACCAUUACGUGCCAGCGGAAAAAGCGCACUCGGAAGGAGCAGGUCGCCCCCGAGACGUACUCCUCUCAGUAUGACCAGUGCAUUCUCAUCAUAUGCCAGUGGUGGCGUGCAAGCUUUGUUUGCUGCACCUCAUCCCAAGCGUGCGAGGGCAGAGUCGCCCAACGGGGGGUCGUCACGCAGUUCUCUUGAACGGACAAGCAGCACCAGACUGAAUGUAUUGGAUCCAGCAUGGAAUGGAAGUGCAGAUGAGAGCGGAAGCGGAGAGGAAGACGAUGAGGAGAAUGAGAGACCACCUUCAACGUUUGGCGAGAGACUGCGUGCAGGUAGGGAUGACGAAGAGGACGAGCCUGACGAGGAGAAAGAGAAAGAGAGGCUUCAAGAACAAGAUGUCAUAACUGGCGAAGAGGAUGAAGAGACAAUACACCACGUGCGCGCCAAGCUCUAUGCUCUAUGCCCCCAAAACCAGUGGAAGGAGCGGGGCACUGGCCUUCUCAAGCUCAAUGUCCGACGUUCGGAUGGUGGAGGUGCUCGUCUUUUGAUGCGCAAAGAAGCAGUCUACACAGUUAUACUGAAUGUUACACUGUUCUCUGGAAUGAAAUGCUUUAUUGCACAGGAUUCACGAUAUAUCCGGUUGAGCGUCAUCGAAGAUGGGGUCACGAUACAUUACAACCUCAGAGUUUCAAACGCGAAGAUUGCACAAGAUUUGCUAGAGGAGAUCAAGUCGAAUAUUCCAGCUUGACAUCCAGAGUACCCUUAUGUUACUUUACUGUCCAUCGUGAUCAUGCCUUGCUACAUUUAACAUUAAUGUUGUCUUUAUGUACAACCACAGGACGCUCGCUGCUCCCUAUAUCACAUGUCCACAGGUGGCAAGGAGCCUCAGAAUCACUUAUCCCAUGGUCCCGAAUAUUGCGCCUCGGAACUCACGGGACGUACAUCGUGUCCGACGGUAGUGACCCAAAGGCCUUGGAGA